AUGCUCCGAACAUUCGUAAGGUUUAUGUGCAGUGCAGGAUCUGGACAAACAAAGAAGCCACCCAUCUCUGUCUUUGGAAUCGAAGGUCGGUAUGUGACCGCGUUGUACAGCGCCGGCCACCAGAUAAACCAGCUCGAGGAUAUAGAGAAACAUCUUCGAGUCCUCCAGAAAGAGCUCGUUAAACCCAAGAUAGUGGAUUUCGUCGAGACCAGUAUGAUUUCUGCAGCUAAUAAAGCGAAGUUGUUAGAAGAAAUUGGAAAACAAGCGGGAAUGCCUGCGGCUGCUAUUAAUUUUUUGUCUGUUGUGGCUGAAAAUGGUCGAUUGAAAAAGUUGCGGCGUAUGAUAACCAUGUUUCUUGCCGUGAUGGUAGCUCACAGAAAUGAAGCAUUAUGCGAAGUGAUCACAGCUAAACCCUUAGAUGACAGCGCGCGUAAAUCUCUUAUGGAUGCCUUGAAGAAAUUUGUUAAACAAGGUAAAAAUAUCACAUUAACUGAAAAAGUAGACCCUUCUAUCAUUGGAGGAAUGAUUGUUGGAGUAGAAGACAAGCAUAUUGAUAUGAGCAUUGCCAGAAAGAUACAGAUGUACACUGAUAUUUUGAAACAAUCUGUUUAA